GAAACAGAAACAAUCAACGCCUCAACUGGCCUUGCAAUUCGGAACCUCCACAAAAGAGAAACAAAAGCAAACCCAACCGACGGUUAUCUGUCUCUCCCUCUCUCGCAGGAACCAGAAUUACCUUUACCAUUUUUUUUUCUUCUCUCUCUCUCUCUCUCUCUCGUUUGCCUUUACAAUUUUCCUUUUUACCAGAGCAGCAUACUACUGGUUUUUCGGUUUUAUUUUUUGGUUAACAGUACGGGUGGGUCCGGCCAUGUCGUCCGGUGUUGUCGGCACGAGCAACUCCGGCAACGUUAGCCCACGGCACACUGCGGGGCCCACCAAGACGAGGCGACGCGUGGCGGACCUAAUCAUGACGGACACCGAGAGAACGCCAUCCUCCGUCAUCUCCGACCUAUCAGACCAAGAAGACGACAGCGACCUCGACGGCGGCUCCAACUGCGGGUCCUCCCACGUCCAUUACCACCACCACCACCAUUUCCACCACCCCGUCAUCAAGGUUCUCCUGCUCCGCUCCCGGGCCUUCUUCUGCGUGCCCGACAAGUGGCUGCUGUGGGCGGCCGUGAUGGCGCAGUCCUUGCGUUCGGGGAGGAAUAUGGGCCGCAAGAUUUUCGGGCUGUUGAUGCUCAUGGCGUUCUUGUCGGUCUUCGUGAAGGUUUCGUUCCUGAGCAGCCACGUGGAGCGGCGUGAGAUGAAGAUGGAUAACGGACUUCUCAUCGUACAGACUUUCAAGGACGAUUGGUCGAUGGCUCAACGCGCUGUCGCCGAGACCCACACCUCCAUGCCCAAGCGGGUCCUGGAGAGGCUGACUACUCCAGAAAUAUGGAUGAAACCAAACAGUGACAACUUUUACCGGUGCAUUGUUCGACCCAAGAAUCGAAUAAGGACUGGCUCGAAAACGAAUGGCUAUCUUCUUGUUCAUGCCAAUGGAGGAUUAAAUCAAAUGAGAACAGGAAUAUGUGAUAUGGUUGCUGUUGCAAAGAUAAUGAAUGCUACUCUGGUUCUUCCUUCUCUUGAUCAUGAUUCAUUUUGGACAGAUACUAGUGAAUUUAAAGAUAUCUUUGACUGGAGGCACUUCAUUGAAGUUUUAAAAGAUGAUAUUGAGAUAGUUGAGCAUUUGCCAUCCAAAUAUGCAGCACUGACGCCCCUUCCCAAGGCCCCUGUUUCCUGGUCUAAGGCUAGUUAUUAUAGAAACGAGAUGAUUCCAUUGUUGAAGAGACAUAAGGUGAUACAGUUCACUCACACCGAUUCUCGACUGGCUAAUAAUGGCCUUGCUUCCUCCAUCCAAAAGCUCAGGUGCCGCGCCAAUUACGAGGCUCUCCAGUACACAAAGGAGAUUGAAGAUUUUGGGGCGGUUUUGGUUGAUAGAUUAAGGAACAAUAGUGAGCCAUUUAUUGCUCUGCAUCUAAGAUAUGAGAAAGACAUGCUUGCUUUCACUGGUUGCAGCCACAACCUUACCACAAAAGAGGCGAAGGAACUUAGGAUUAUGAGGUACGGUGUUAAGCAUUGGAAGGAGAAAGAAAUAGAUAGCAAGGAAAGGCGGCUCCAAGGGGGAUGUCCAAUGUCCCCUAGAGAAGCAGCCCUUUUCCUUAAGGCCAUGGGUUACCCGUCCACUACAACUAUUUACAUAGUUGCAGGAGAGAUGUAUGGCAGCAAUAGCAUGGCUGCCUUUCGCUCUGAGUACCCAAAUGUUUUCACUCAUUCCACUCUUGCAACAGAAGAAGAGUUGCUGCCCUUUACACCAUAUCAGAAUCGCCUGGCCGCCUUGGAUUAUAUUGUGGCACUUGAAAGUGAUGUCUUUGUUUACACGUAUGAUGGAAAUAUGGCCAAGGCAGUGCAGGGACAUAGGAGGUUUGAAGGAUUUCGAAAGACUAUCAACCCUGACAGAUUAAAUUUUGUUAAACUGAUUGAUCGACUGGAUGAGGGAGCUAUAACUUGGGAAGAAUUUUCUUUGGAGGUUAAGAAUCUGCAUUCUAACAGGCUUGGAGCACCAUAUCUUAGACAUGCAGGAGAGUCGCCAAGACUGGAGGAGAAUUUUUUUGCAAAUCCUUUUCCCGGUUGUGUCUGUAACAAGUCUCAGGAGCAACUUACUAGACUAAAACUUGACCAGAGACGUCUUAAGGCUGCAGCACAAAGAUAGGGUUAUGUGGCUCAUACAUUUUAGUGCAAGAUAACCAUUGCUUAAAAGGCGGCUGAUGAGUGUUUUUGAGAUGGACUGCCACUCUGGAAUCAACGGCCGCCAACAAGUUCUACAAUUUUGAGUUUCCCAUGGGAUUUGGUAAAAAAUUUUGAGUUCUGCAUGCAGACAGAAGGGGAACCUUACCAGCAAUUUAGGGAAGUGGAGAAGGUGGUGUAUAAUUUUGAGGCAAACCAGGUUAAACUGGCACACAGACUUCAUCCCUGUCAUUUAUAGGGUUGAUAGUAUUCCAUUAAUUCAUUAUUCUUUCCUUAAUUCAGUUGUCAAGAUGACUUGCCAAAUUGAGCAUCAUGGCGAACUUGAAUGUAAUAUUUGAUACGGUUCUCCACAGAAAUUGAUUUGCACAUGUUCCAACCAGAUAUCUUUUCAA